GGGGCGGGGCGGCCGGGAGGCGCGGCGCUGAUUGGCGGGGUGGCGUGGCUGUCUGUUGGGGUGGAGGGCAGCGAUGGGCGCCAGGCUCAGCACGCUGCGUUGGGUUGUGACAUACCCUAUAUGGCUAAUCUACAGCACCAUCCGGAGGCUUUUUGGGAAUCCCUAUCCUGCAAUCACUCUGAAGGAUCCUGAAGUGAAGUAUGCAUUGAGGCUGAUAGAUAAAGAGGAAGUUAGUCAUGACACAAGAAGAUUUCGAUUUGCUCUUCCUUCAGUAGAUCAUGUUUUGGGUCUACCAAUAGGACAGCAUAUCUACCUGUCUGCUCGGAUUGAUGGGACUCUGGUUGUUAGACCGUAUACUCCAGUCUCCAGUGAUGAUGACAAGGGCUUCGUGGAUCUUGUUGUCAAGAUUUACUUUAAAGGUGUCCAUCCAAAGUUUCCAGAUGGAGGGAAGAUGUCUCAAUACUUAGACAGCCUGCAAAUAGGGGAUACUAUUGACUUCAGAGGACCAAGUGGCCUGCUUGUCUACAAGGGAAAAGGUGUGUUUGCUAUUCGUCCUGAAAAGAAAGCUGAACCAGUUACUAAAAAAGUCAAAUACGUGGGAAUGAUUGCUGGUGGAACUGGGAUAACACCUAUGCUGCAGAUCAUUCGAGCAAUCAUGAAAGACAAAGAUGACCACAUGGUUUGUCAGCUGCUGUUUGCUAAUCAGACUGAGAAGGAUAUCCUGCUACAUUCAGAGCUAGAAGAGAUCCAAGUUCAGAAUCCCACUCGUUUUAAGUGUUGGUAUACACUGGACAGAGCACCUGAAAAUUGGGAAUACAGCCAAGGAUUUGUGAGCCAAGAUAUGAUCAGAGACCACUUGCCCCCGCCUCAAAACGACGUUCUGAUCCUCAUGUGUGGACCUCCACCAAUGAUCCAGUAUGCCUGCAUUCCCAACCUGGACAAACUGGGCUACACCAAGGACAUGAGGUUCUCCUUCUAAAGAAAACUGAUACCUCAGUGAUCUUGUGAGGAAGGGAAGAAAAUACAUUUAAUGGGGAAGAAGACAGAGAGGUGGGUGAUGCACAGUGCUGGGAAGCUACAUUUACAUUAAAAAUAAUUAACAUUUAUCUGAAUCUCUGGCAAGUUAGACACUUAAGCUUAACUGUAUCAUAACUGUACUGUAUGUUGCACAGAAACAGCUGUAUUGCAGAGACAUAGCAAUGCAUUGUACUUGCCACGUCUGUCCUGUAGAAAUAUUAUACUCCAUCUCAAGGCAGGAAAGUAAAGCUUCUUAGGGUGGCAAACACUUGUUUACACUUUUCUUAGCACUGUAAUCAAAUACCAGUAAUAUCCUAUUUCCUAACACUGUGCAUACCCAGUAUUUUAUUUGGUAUGAUGUAUGAGAUAUAUAGAAUGAGCUGGAUUCUUGACCUUGCUUAUGCCAAACUUCAAUCCUUACAGAGCUUUUACUAUGUGAGGGCCAGGAGUCUUUGCCUUGUAUGUAUAAUCUUUGCAACACCAGAAGCUUAAAGAUUCUUGUUCAUUUGAAGGAUGACAAUUAACCAUUUAUGACUGACUGAAGUUGUUCAAGUUGCCUUGUUAACCAAAACAGGAGUAGACACCAAUAUGAAAUUUGUUUCCAGUGUAUUUUGGAAUAGCCUCUCUUCAAUGCAAAUACUUUUCCAGCUCGUCACAGCCUUAGGCAAUGAAGGAAACUAUGGAAAGCAGGAGGCUUUACACACAGUUCUACAAGUAGCUGGAAAUCUUUGCUUAUAUGUGUGUUGAAUACUGAAAAAAAAUACUAAUUUUUGUAUUUACUUUUGAAUAACAGACAGUGCCAUAAGAGUAAGAAAACAAUUAUUCUGCAGGUUCUGUGCAGUGAAAAAAUGCUGGGUGAAAUUUAGAUCCAGUUUUAGUUUCUUGUUUCCCAGAGUCUGAUUAGGAAUGAAGGGAGCUCAUGUUUUUACCACCAAGGUGGGUUCCAGCAGGUAGCACAGCUUCACAUGCAGUAUGCCUACAGUCAGGAGACUCACCUGCAUAUCUUGCUCUGACAAAACCCCAAAUGGUUGGUAAGGAUUGCACGCAACAGCCUUAAGUCACCAAACUGACAGGCAAAUAGAAAUGUCUCACUGAAUCUAAACUGUUCUUGGAUUCUGUUAACUAUAGCUCCAAUUUAUUUUUUUUAAUGUAAUUUUUUAAAGCAACGUUUAACCUUUAGUAAACUUGAUGCAUCUUGCAUGCUGAACCUUCUGCUUCCAAACAGAUGCUACUGACAUCAGAGCUGUCCCUGCAAAGAAUCUGUAUAACUAAAAAUUGUGGUCUGGUGAUCAAAUCAAUCAGAGUGAUUGAAAAGAUGUCUAGUGGUAUGUGAAAUAACGUGGAUGCUAGUUAGCUACAAGUAUCAGUGAAUAAUAAAUAUAACUUUUUAAAAAGAUUUGGCUAGGUAGUUGAAGCUAUAACUUGCCAUGCUUUCUUUUGUGCCUGUACAACAGAUGUAUACUGUGCAUUUAAAAGGUUUCUCAGCAUGAAUUAGAAGGAAAAAAAGAUAUUGCACAGUUAAUUUAAGGAUCCUGAACUGGAUAAUACUAUUAUUAAAUUUAUUUUAUUGACACUUGCCUCUGCAAUCUUGAAUUUUUGAUGUGUGCUUCUGCAACUUAGUCUUUAAUACUAUGAUGUGGACUUCAAAUAAUGCUCAAGUAAGUUUCAGUCCCUUUUUUUGUGAGGCAAAAAGCAGAAAUUUGAGAGAAAUUAUCUUGGCUGCUGGUUUGUAUCACUAGGGGAUAAACAAAGAUUUUUUUUUCAAGACUGUAUUUAAUGAAAUUUUCAUAUCCAAAAUAGCUAGCUGGUAACGCAUAAAUUUUUUGUAUUACUCUGCCUAUCUAAUUACUGCCUAUCUAAUCACAUCUAUGUAAGAAAUAAUUUUGCAGGUGACUCAUCUAUGUGUUACAGAGCACAUCAUCUUCAGCCUCGUAAGAGAAAAACAUGUAGAACACUCCAGAAAGUGAAUGUUAAAAAAAAAAAAAAAAAAAAGAGGGGGUGGUGGGAAGCAGGCUGUUUGAUUUGUUUACUUAAGUGCUUUUGUUUGAGUUUGGUGAGAACUGCUGUAUUCAGAUGCCGAAUCAAGGAGCAAACUAUUGCUAUUUUUUACCCCAAUCUCUUAGUUUUAUCUUUACUUUAUACAUCUGUGUGAACGUGGGGCUCUUUUAAUAGAAAAAAUGAGGGAUUUUUAAUAUGAUCUGCUGAAACAAAACAGUGUCCCAAUCCCUUUUGCUUGAUGGUCCUGUACUGUAACAUUUAAACAAGUAAUAAAAGUUGGGUUUGCAUCUUU